AUGGCAGAAAAGCAAUCUACACUUCUGGAGCUGGCCACGGAGGUCCAACAAUUGACGACACAGAUCAUCAGCGACUUGUCAGCAAAACAGGUGCCCGAACCAACUUUCGACCCUGCCUCGGGAACGAUUCCAGAGACUCCUGAGCAGAUAGCAUUACGCGCUCGUCUCAACGAUGCUGUGCGCGAUCUAUUACGCCUAGUAAACGGGCCUAGGAAUGACGCUCGUACCUUUGUAUGCUAUCUCUACGAUCUGGCAGCCUGGCAGGUGGCCUGCGAAUUCAAUUUCUUCGAAGCAAUUCCGGAAGACGGGACGGCGAGUGUUGAGGAGAUCGCAGCCAAAGCUGGGAUUGAUGAAGAUCGAGUCGGCCGCUUCUUACGGAUGCUAGCUACCGACCGUGUGUUCGAGGAAGUGGAGAAUAAUGUCUUCAAACAUACGUCCAGGAGUGUGCUAUAUCUCAAAGAUAAACAGUGGCGGGAUGUCAUGCAUUACCAAUUGGAUGAGUUUUUCAAGGCAGCUUCCAAUACUUCUGAUAGCAUUAGAGCUUCUCCUUCUGCUACGGAUGGACAGAACAAUGCCUUUGUUACUACGCACGGCCAAUCCCUGUUCAAGUACUAUCAAGACGACCCGAGACGAGCAGCUCGCUUUGCAAGUGCGAUGGCUGGUUUGUCCAGACUCGAGCGUCAUUUUGAAAAUCUCAAAGAGAGUUUCCCGUGGGGCCAGAUUACUGGACGCAAGGUCAUUGAUGUGGGAGGCGGUAACGGCCAUAUGAGUGUGCUACUUGCGCGGGAAUUCCCAAACCUGGAACUAAUCGUGCAGGACUCUCUGACGAUGCUGUCAUCCGCUUCGCAGAAUGACUUUUCAGAUCUCAACGGUCGUGUCACCUUCAUGCCUCACGACUUCUUUACCACGCAGCCAGUCUCUGGGGCAGCAGCUUAUCUUCUUCGUUAUAUUACCCAUAAUUGGAGUGACGAAGACUGUAUUCGCAUCUUCAGGGCUCUCGUGCCCGCCCUAGAAAAAAGCCCGCCUGGGACCUCGCUUUUGAUAAACGACGUCGUGCUCCCGGCGUUGGGGGAAGCCUCAAAGUACCAUGACAAUCGUAUGCGCCAGGUCGACAUUAUGAUGAUGCUCGUCUUGGGCGCAAAGCAGAGGACUGAGGAGCAGUUCCGCAGUCUUCUUUCGGAUGCAGACCCACGGCUCAAGAUCAAGGCCAUUCAUGGGAAAGGCAAUUUGAGCCUGAUUGAAGCGCAUUUGGACAGUGACCCGGUCCUGCAGGUUGAGGGCACAGCUGUGAGCAACGAGUCAGGUACAGAUUCACAAGGUGGCGUCGCUAAUGCUCGCAUCGAGAAACGGAACAGCACGCGACUUUGA